AAAUAAAAUAAUAAAAUAAUGGGCCAAAUCAAUAAAACCCAUAUAGUUUCAUAUCAAUGGUCAACCACUUUGGAGCUCUACUGCAACCAUAUCGUGUCCUUUAUCCAUUUGCAUAAGGAUCUCUCCACUGCUCUUGGAGGAACAAUAAAAAUGAUGUCAUCAAUGGCACUCCACUCUUCACUCUCAUCUGCUUCUCUCUGCUCUUCUUUCAUCUCUCAACAGCCAAAACCCUCCAUGACUGUUUCUUCUGCAUCGUUCAAUAACCAAUCCACCAUACCCAUCUCUCUAAAAAGGAAAAUCGUGACUCUUGUAUCUCCAGAGACACUCACUGCUGAAAAAGUCACUGAUGUUUCCGACACUCUACAACCAAAACAAGUGGUGAAACAACAAGAAGAGAAGGCAAGAGUAGUUCUCAAGUUUGUGUGGAUGGAGAAGAAAAUAGGAUUAGGAUUGGACCAGCAUGUUCCUGGACAUGGAACAGUCCCACUAAGUCCCUACUUCUUCUGGCCAAGAAAAGAUGCAUGGGAAGAGCUUAAGUCAACUCUUGAGGCUAAGCCAUGGAUCUCUCAGAAGAAGAUGAUCAUUAUCCUUAAUCAAGCUACUGACAUCAUCAAUCUCUGGCAACAAAGUGGCGGCAAUAUAACUUCCCAAUAAUCUCUUUUAAUUUUCUCAUUUCUAUGAUAUUUUGUUACUGAGAGUUAAUUGUUACAAGCAUAUCUAAACAAUAUCCAUCACAUUCGACAUUAAAGAUUAAAAACUUUCCAACGGUUUAUUGCAAAGAGGAUGACAAUAAAAGCAAAAACUACUCAACAUUGAGUUGUUUCCUAGAAGAAUGAAUCA